AUGGUGUCCCUUGGCCAGAUCACCGUACCUCGCGUGACGUCUUCGGAGAUGGGUCUUCUUCGCCGUCGAUUUGAUCGACCGAUCCAAACCCGAAUCGGAUUCAAUAGCCGGAUCGCGAGCGUAUUGACUAACGCGAGCUCGGAAGCUCAGGUUUCGGUGAAACAGAGUUUGAGCCAGAGAGUAAUCGAAGAAGAAGCGAAAGUUCUUGUGGGUACCUACGCUCGAGCUCCAGUGGUGCUCUCGAGUGGUAAAGGUUGUAAAUUGUUCGACCCAGAAGGUAAAGAGUAUUUGGAUUGUGCAUCUGGAAUCGCUGUGAAUGCUCUUGGUCAUGGAGAUCCUGAUUGGCUUCGAGCUGUUACUGAGCAAGCUGCUGUUCUUGCUCAUACCAGCAAUGUCUAUUACACGAUUCCUCAGAUAGAACUUGCGAAACGCCUUGUCGCGAGUUCUUUUGCAGACCGUGUAUUCUUUUGUAACUCUGGAACCGAAGCCAACGAAGCAGCCAUCAAGUUUUCAAGAAAGUUUCAGAGGUUCACCAACCCGGAAGACAAAGAAGCCGCGACAGGCUUCAUUGCUUUUACAAAUAGUUUCCAUGGAAGAACCUUAGGAGCUCUUGCCUUGACAAGCAAAGAACAAUACAGAACUCCUUUCGAACCCGUCAUGCCAGGUGUGACAUUCGUGGAAUACGGUAACAGUCAAGCAGCCACUGACCUCAUCCGCUCGGGUAAUAUAGCUGCUGUGUUUGUGGAACCAAUUCAAGGAGAAGGCGGGAUUUACUCUGCUACGAAAGAGUUUCUCCAAUCUCUUCGCUCUGCUUGUGAUGCCGCUGGAUCCCUUCUCGUCUUCGAUGAGGUUCAGUGUGGCUUAGGUCGAACUGGUAACCUGUGGGCAUAUGAAGCAUUCGGUGUAACUCCUGACAUAAUGACGGUAGCAAAGCCUUUAGCCGGUGGUUUACCAAUCGGAGCAGUGCUUGUGACUGAGAAAGUUGCAGGGACAAUAAAUUAUGGAGAUCAUGGAAGCACAUUUGCAGGCAACCCACUAGUGUGCAACGCAGCGAUUGCGGUUCUUGAUAAAGUAUCGAAACCCUCUUUCUUGUCGAGUGUCUCAAGCAAAGGUCGAUACUUUAGAGACAGUUUGGUGAAGAAACUUGGAGGAAACACUCACGUGAAAGAAGUGAGAGGAGAAGGGCUUAUCAUAGGAGUGGAACUCGAUGUUCCCGCGAAUUCAUUUGUCGAUGCUUGCCGUGAUUCGGGUCUUCUGAUAUUGACGGCUGGUAAAGGGAAUGUCGUCAGGAUUGUUCCCCCGUUGAUCAUAUCGGAGGAGGAAAUCGAACGUGCGGUUGAGAUUAUGUCCCAAAACUUGACAGUGCUAGAUUGA